GAUAGCUUUCCGGAAUAUGGCGUCAAUGUUUGUGGUGUUAAGUGGGUGGAAUUUAUUUGUUGUAACGUUUCUAUUGAACACUGAUGUUUGCCAAGGCAUUGCAAAUACAACUAUUGAUUGUACAAGUGGUGGAAGACCUGGAGAGAGUACAACAAUAAACUGCAAAAUAACCGGCACUAUAGUUAGUGGAAUCAGAUGGAUCCGACCUAAUGAUGGAUCACCACAACAGGUCAUAAUAUGCAACACUGCAAACACGAUAUGUGAUCCAUCUGGGGGAAUAACUGGCUACAGUAGUCUUGUGAUAUCACCUACACAGAAUGUUCUUGCCAUACAAUCUUUUAAUACUACAACAGAUGUUGGAGAAUGGUCUUGCCUUGAUGGACCAACAGGAGCUGGUUCAUUUGUAUGUAACAUGACUGUCAAAAGUCCAAAACCCUGUGACUGGUGUAUCGGACUUUCUGUUGUGAUUUCCAUCCUGAUUGCUGUUGGAAUUGGUCUUAUUAUUGGUAUUUUCCUGGUCAGUGGUGCAUUCUUGAAGAAGAUCAUAGUAGCAGUGGGUGGAAUUCUUCUGAUCAUGGCCAUUGUUGUUGCAGUCCUACUGGGCAUCCAGACAGAUGCUGACCUAGGUACUGGAGCAUAUCUUGCAGCAGCUGUGUUGUGUGGCUUUGGUUUUGUGGUUGGCAUUAUCUUGGUUGCAGUUGGAGUGUGGCAGAUUCACAAAACUG